GCAGAGGGUACUUGUCGGUCCCGGCCACGAUGGACGGAUUGCUGUCUGUUCCUCUCCCUGUGCUGUCCGGUGAUGAGGUACUUAACGAGCUGCGCCGACAUGGCAAGCACUCCAAUUGGGCCAAAUUCCGCGCCAUGUACUCCAGUGUGAUUGGCGGGGUGACGACGGAUCCCGCGGCGAUGGUGAUUUCUCUCGAUGACCACAUGGUUCACCGAGGGCAUGCAGUUUUCGACACAGCGAUGGUGGUGAACGGGUACGCCCACGAGCUGGAAGCACAUCUGGAUCGUUUGUUCAGAUCGAUGGCGAUGGCGAAGCUCUCUCCUCCUUUCCUGCGCGAAAUUCUUCGUGAUGUCAUCCUUAAAACUGCCGGGAUCUCUCAGUGUCGCGACGGUCAGAUCAGGUAUUGGGUCUCCGCUGGCCCAGGCGGAUUUGGGCUGUUACCGUCGGAAUGCCCGAGGUCAGCAUUUUACGUGGUCGUCUUUGACCAGCCUCUUUUUUCUGUUGACACCAGUGGCUAUGGCGGCGAUGGGAGGAUUUCUGUUGAUGUCAGCAGCUCUGGCGGAGACGAGAGGAUGACCGCAGCAGCAGCAGCUCGACAGCAGAAGCAGCUGAUUCUGCGCACAGCGAGGGCAAUCACGACGAGUGUACCCAUCAAACCCCCUCCUAUCUCCUUGAUGAAGACGAAUAACUACAUCCAGAACGUGAUGGCCGGGAUGGAGGCUGUCUCUUAUACACAUCUAGAUGUUGGCUAUGGCGGCGAUGGGAGGAUUUCUGUUGAUGUCAGCAGCUCUGGCGGAGACGAGAGGAUGACCGCAGCAGCAGCAGCUCGACAGCAGAAGCAGCUGAUUCUGCGCACAGCGAGGGCAAUCACGACGAGUGUACCCAUCAAACCCCCUCCUAUCUCCUUGAUGAAGACGAAUAACUACAUCCAGAACGUGAUGGCCGGGAUGGAGGCGGCAGGGCAGGGCGCUGACGUGGCAGUUUGGAUAGAUCAGGAGGGGUACCUGGCAGAGGGUCCGACCGUAUCCAUUCUGAUCGUGAGUCAGGAUGGGUACUUAACGCGUCCGACCUCGGACACAGCUCUCAGGGGAUGCACGGCUGAGAGGGUGAUGGAACUGACACGUCAGCGACUGAUAAUUCAGGGACACAUGGCGUCAUCCACCUCCUUGAUUGGUGGACAGGUGGCAGCAGCAGCUGCUGCAAUGGGGGGAACAGAUAGAUUAGCACGCUUGUCAAAACCACUUCCCUUGCAGGGGGUAAGAGUGCAGAGGAUCCCGAUUGAGGAGGCAAGGCGCGCCAAGGAGAUGUUCAUAGUCGGUAGCACGAGCCCCGUGCAACCGAUCGUCGAGUGGGAUGGCCGACUGGUCUGCGACGGCAGGCCUGGACCGGUCCCCGUAGCUCUGUACGAGAUGCUUGAGGCUGAUAUGCGCUUUGGUGAAACCAAUGGCAGAAGGACGCAAGCGAUGAGGAUGGCUCCUUUGAAGCUGCGUUUAUGGGCUGAUGUUAGUGCCCGAAUGAAAGAGGCUAAUUACCUUCGUGAAGAUGACGAAUGCAAGAAUUGGUACCACUUUGUGCGCAACAACUACAGGCUUGUGAAAGACCACAAUCGGUGGUCGGGCAACCAGAAGUACUGGUCGAUGGAUCAGGCCACACGUAAAACGCACGCCUUGGACUUCCUCAUGAGGAGGGAGUGGUAUAACAUCAUACAUGUUCAUGAAGGGCACAAGCAUACCAUCAAUCCCGACAGUCUCACAGAUCCGGGGGCUGAGAGCCACAACCGGGCCAGCGCACACGACAGCGAUGUGGACGACAAUGAUGAUGAUACUGCUGACGAUGAAGUAGUUGGCGUGGGGUCGGAGGGAAGCGAAGGAUCUGAACCGGGUUCCUCCAGAGGAAGGGGGGGGUCUCGCAAGGGUGGAAGGGGUGGAGGAGGGGGUUCUGACACGGGUGGAACGGGUGGAGGAGUGGGGUCUGACACGGGUGGAACGGGUGGAGGAGGGGGGUCUCACACAAAUGAAACGGGUGGAGGGGGCUCAGGGGGGGGUGUCGCUCUCCCCAGAUGACUCAGCCGCAGCCACAUCCGCAACCGGAGGGUCGGGGACAUCUGCGACCGUAACCGAAACUUUGGGCAGUCGAAAAAGGUGUCAACAGAACGCACAUGAGUUGGCGAUGCGUGCAGUGACAGGGGCUAUGCAUGAUAAAACAGCGGCACAGACGAGAUCCGACGUCACGCAUCACCAGAUAUUACCUGAGGAGCUGAGCAUACAAGAAUGAGCGGCAAGGAUGACAUGUGAAGUGAUGUGUGAGGAUAUUGCAGCCCGUUCCAGUAAUGCCUAUAAAUUCG